AUGGUGCUUUGGAGACGAACGAUCGGCCUGUGCGGUCUUGCUUUUCUCCCUCUGACGUGGGCGAUUACAUUCCCGGGCACUGAUCCCACUGCCACAGGCCAUGCAGCCUUACAGCCGGAUUACCCUGAGCCGACUGCCGCAGUGGAUUACAGGAGGGGUUUUCUGCGCCGUGGUGAUGAUGAGGAUGCAUUUGUGAGCUCGUUCAUUGCAGCUGAAUCGAGCUUGCUCUAUUUCCCGUCUGCUUCAACAACAGUUACCUCGUGGAUGCCACAAAGUGUGUGUGGGUAUAUUGAUGGUGUUUGGGAUGACUAUUCAUCGAUUCGAUGCCUGGACAACUACCAAUGUGUCUUCCAUACUUCCGAUAGCAAUUACCCUGGAAUGGUAGGCUGUUGUGAUGGUGGCAAACCAGAAGAUUGCACCUGGGAGACAGUCUGCUACAACAGCAAACAGGUCUCUGCAACUCCUUCAGUCUUGAAUUAUCCCACGAACAUAUUCGCCCUGUAUUGUACCGAUUCAGACUACCCCGACUGUCGAACAUGGGUAUACCCCCAGCUAGACAUAACCGACUACGGCUGCCACUACACCAAGACAACUCAAACCCUAGCAUUGAUUGCUGUAGUGGAUACUUGGGAUACAAACUCGGCUACUGGGGGUGGUCACUCGGUCACUCAGGCUGGCACCGCUACGACCACUGAUUUAGAAGCCAUCUAUCCCACCGUCGCGGCCAUAAGACCUCAGGUCGUUGAUGCUAGCUGGAUCGACAUAUAUGUUUCAGGCACAGCUGCCACCUCCGAGAAGGUAGACAAGGCGACUUCAGUCCAAAUUUCUGGGUCAUCUUCUGCCUCAGAAACUGCAACAUCUGAGUCAGACCUAUCGUCUUCAAAUUCAGGGUCAAAAUCUGGAGGCUCCUCGAAGUCGACAAAUACUGGUGCCAUUAUUGGCGGUGUGGUUGGCGGCGUCGUUGGUGCUGCUGGUAUUGCAGCGGCGGGUUUUAUGUUCUUCCUGCUCAAGAAGAAAAGAAAGCAAGCAGAGGCAGGAGCUUACCAACCUGGAGAAGGUAAUGGUGGCACGAUGCCGCCUCCUCCACCACCGCUUGAGGAUGUGGCUAUGACUAUGCCGCAGCCGAUGCAUGAGGUCGAGGGAACUACACCGCAGAAGUACGCAGAGGUGGACGGUUACGCGGCAGAGCACAAGUUACCUUCGGAAGUUGUGGGUAGUGAGAUCACGGGGAAACCCCACGAGAUUGAUUCCAGGAACUCUGUUGCAGAAUUGCCUGGUGCGGAUGGCGGGCUGCACAAUCGUUAA